AUGCCUUAUUUUCCGCCGAAGCCGGUCAUGAAGGUGUGCUGCUUCGGCAAGCAGCCCGAUAGCCGCGAUGUCUCUGAGGUGAUCGACUCUGUAGAGCCGAACUCUGACUCUCCGACGAGCCACUUGGCUGAAACCGGCUUCAUUUCCAAGAAAGUUGCUGUAGACUUGGCCGACUGCACUCUCAAGGUCGAUGGCAAGCUGCUGAAGGUCCACACCCAGGUUCUUGCGAUGAAGUCACCUCUGCUGGCAGACAUGUUCAUCUCCACAAAGGGGAAGGGAGGAAGCACAGCACUGAAUGCUAGCAUGCAGGGCAUCUCCUUUGAGGCCAUGCAGCUGUUUCUGCUCUACGUGUACACUUCAGACCCUGGCAGCUUGAUCGACAGCUGGAGCAUCGAGCAGAUCCUGACGGUGGCACCCCUGGCAGACCGCUUCCAGGUCUUGCCAUUGAUAGAUGCGUGCGACCGCGCCCUGCGAGGCAAGGCGAAGUGUGAAGCAUUCCUGGCUGGAAACUUUGGAGUGCUCAAGCAUCAUGUUGCACUGAAUGAGCUGAGCAAGGACGCCUGGAUGCGACUGAUGUAUGCGGCCAACCACAGUGGAACCUGCUGCAUGGAGACUGUGCUGCGCCUGUGGAUCACCAGGGGCUUCUUCUCCUAUCCUACCAGGGCCUGA